AGCAGAGUAUCAUGACAUGGACUGUAUCUAUCAGCGUACGAACAUCCUUUUGAAAUACACAAAUCCGGACACAUCACGAUAAUGCAGCCAAGGCUCAGAUUUUCAUUUUCACGUGUAUCCCGAAUCCCACUUCCCAGCAUCUGCCACUGCCAAGCACAGAGUCUUCCAGUUGGCAUUUUAGCUUACCCAAAGGUUGUGAGCCAGUCUAGUUUCAGUAUCGCGGCUUUUCACAGAAAUACUCGGCCGAAGAUAAUCAAAAGCCCUACUGCUACCUUGUUACCACAUCUCACUCAGCGAGAGAAGGACGAGCUGGCAUAUCCUCCCGAUGCACUUCCAGGGGGCAGAUAUGUUGAUACUCCAUACGGGAUAAUCAAAGUAUUCGAAUGGGGCCCAGAAGAUGGAAAGAAAGUGCUCCUCGUUCAUGGCCUCACAACGUCAAGCAUUGCCGUAGGCGCGAUGGCAUCAGAGCUGGUAGAAAGAGGCUGUCGUGUGAUGACUUUUGAUCUCUGGGGUCACGGGUAUACAGACUCAUGCGGCGACCUAGAUCACGACAUCAGACUCUACACGUCCCAGAUUCUACUCGCCGUCACUUCCUCCAAGCUUUCAUGGGUUGGAAAUACGGGCUUUGGUCUCGUUGGAUGUUCUAUGGGCGGUGCGAUUGCCGCAGCCUUUGCUGGAUACUUUCCAAAAAUGGUGGACUCACUGGCGUUGAUCGUCCCAGCCGGUCUCAUUCGAAGAGAACGUCUUGAAUCGCAGAUGAGACUCCUUAGGCUGGGAACCCUUCUCCUUCCCAGUGUGAUUCUAGAGAUGCUGAUCAUGAGAAGACUCACUCAACCACUGUUUGAAGACCAUAAAGACAACUCUCCAUAUCAAACUGGAGAUGGCAAAAACCAGCUGUUGUACGAACCUUUCCAAACCUUUUGCAUCAGAUCAUGCUGACUACCUUUCAUCAGAAGCCAGAAGGAAGUCAAGCCGUGUCAGAGGUAUCCUCAGGUGACUGUUUCUGGGUCUAUGAAUUGGGCCAUGCAAAAUCACAAGGGUUUCUACACCUCCUUCAUGUCAGCUGCCAAGCAUAUGCAUGGAAGUGGGCAACUUGAGAGGUGGAGACUGCUGAGGGACAGACCAAAUAGAACCUUGAUUGUUGCGGGAUCAAAAGAUCCCAUCAUCGUCUCGGAAGAAUUAUACGAAGAUGCGGUUGAAGCCCUGGGAGACAAUCUGGACUGGAAGGUGCUGGAAGGAGCACACGAUAUUACAAUCACGAGACCCAAGGAUAUUGUUGAUGCCAUUUGCGAUUCAUGGCAGCUCGAAGGAACUCCAAAGAUUCAAAAUCGUGAUGCAAAAGAGUUGGUCUGAUUCUGCGGCAUCGGUAGCCUACGCGCAAGCUUUGAGCAGCAUCCGAAACGACUUGCUCUUGUAGUUCUUCUUAGUCCAUGGUGGCCUUUAUACACAGCGAAAUUUAUGAUACUUUGAG